AUGUUUUUUCUACCUGCAGGUAGAAGAUGGGGUUUUCCUAGAUUUGCUGGUGACUGUGCCAGUGGUAUGAAGAAGUAUCCUCCAGGAACAAUUUUAGAGCACAAGAGUGAUAUCACUGAUUCUUGCUCUCAGAUGAUACUUCAGCUCCACGAUGUCUAUGAUCCGAAUAAGAUAAAUGUCAGGAUUAAAAUUAUUUCUGGAUCACCUUGCGGAUCAGUGGCCGCAGAAGCCAAGAAAGGACAAGCCAGUUGGGUUGUUUUAGACAAACAUCUCAAACAUGAGGAAAAGAGAUGCAUGGAAGAGUUGCAGUGUAACAUUGUUGUUAUGAAGCGUACUCAACCGAAAGUGCUUCGUUUGAACUUGAUUGGAGCACAAAAGAAGGAAGUUGAAGAAGCUGGUACAUCACCUUCUGAGCAAGGUGAUAUACCUGAAAAACAGUCCGAAAACAAGAUGGAUUCUGUAGUAGAUUCUAUCAAAGGACCGAAUGUUACUCCGACUAGCAGCCCCGAGCUAGGGACGCCAUUCACCGCUACUACUGAAGCCGGUACUUCAUCAGCUUCAAGCUCAGAUCCUGGAACUUCACCGUUCUGUAUUCCAGAGAUGAAUGACACAGAAAGUGAAAGUCUGUCGACAUCUUCGGCUAGCUUUAGAUACCAACCGUGGAUCACAGAAUUGCUUUUACAUCAACAAUCAUCUCAACGCAACGGAGAAAGAUCAGAGGCGUAUCAUGGUAUGCCUCAAGCAACUACAACCAAGGCUUUGCUAGAAAAGUAUUCUAGGCUUGAUAGAGGAGCUGGAAUGGAAAUGUCGGCAGCAUAUAGAAAUGACUCGGAUUUUAGUGGUAAUUUAAGAGAAGCGAUAGCAUUAUCAGGAAAUGCUCCACUUGGUCCACCUCCAUUGUGUUCGAUAUGUCAACACAAGGCACCUGUUUUUGGAAAACCUCCAAGGUGGUUCAGCUAUGCUGAGUUGGAACUCGCUACCGGGGGAUUUUCACAAGCCAACUUCUUGGCAGAAGGAGGGUAUGGAUCAGUUCAUCGAGGGGUUCUACCAGAAGGACAAGUCAUUGCUGUCAAGCAACAUAAAUUGGCUAGUUCUCAAGGUGAUGUCGAGUUUUGCUCUGAAGUAGAAGUCCUGAGCUGUGCUCAGCACCGAAAUGUUGUUAUGCUGAUUGGAUUCUGUAUAGAGGAUAAGAGAAGGCUUCUGGUUUACGAGUACAUAUGCAAUGGAUCAUUGGAUUCACAUUUAUAUGGGCGACAAAGAGAUCCAUUAGAAUGGUCUGCGAGGCAGAAAAUUGCUGUUGGAGCUGCUCGCGGGUUAAGGUAUCUUCACGAAGAGUGCAGAGUUGGUUGUAUCAUCCACCGCGACAUGAGGCCGAACAACAUUCUCAUAACUCAUGAUUUUGAACCUCUGGUUGGUGAUUUUGGAUUGGCAAGGUGGCAACCUGAUGGAGACAUGGGUGUGGAUACUAGAGUAAUUGGAACAUUUGGGUAUUUGGCUCCUGAAUAUGCUCAAAGCGGCCAAAUCACCGAAAAAGCCGAUGUUUAUUCCUUUGGGGUGGUAUUGGUGGAGCUUGUUACCGGUAGAAAAGCUGUCGAUCUCACUCGGCCAAAGGGACAACAGUGCCUAACUGAGUGGGCCCGGCCACUGUUAGAAGAAUAUGCCAUUGACGAACUGAUUGACCCGAGACUUGGACGUCUCUAUUUAGAACAUGAAGUCUAUUGCAUGUUGCAUGCUGCUUCAUUAUGCAUAAGGAGAGAUCCUCAUUGUAGACCACGCAUGUCACAGGUUCUCCGAAUUCUAGAGGGAGACAUGGUGAUGGACACAAAUUACAUUUCAACUCCGGGCUAUGAUGUCGGAAAUAGAAGUGGUCGCAUUUGGUCAGAGCCACUGCAGAGACAACAUCAUUACAGCGGUCCCCUCUUAGAAGAUUCAUUAGAGUCAUCAUUCAGUGGAAAGCUAUCUCGUGACAAGUACAAACCUUUCUAUUGGGAUAGGAGUAGGGACAAGCCUUAA